UUAUAACAAUAAUAGUUAUUUACCGGAUUUUAAUCAAACCACAUCAGUAUUGGAAAAAUCGGGGGUGUAAACAGGGAAAACCGUUUUUAAUAUUUGGUGAUAUGUUCUACAAAUGUAUCAGACGACAAAGCUUUGCCGGAUAUGUGAAAUACGUUUAUGAUAUGGUGCCAAAUACACGAUAUUCCGGUUUUUAUCAAUUCUUUACGCCAACGCUGGUAAUCAAAGACGCAGAGUUGUUAAAACGCAUCACAGUAAAGGAUUUCGAUUAUUUUAAUGAUCACAGUCAGUUUGUUCCUGAAUAUAUUGAUUCCAUUUGGACCAAAAACUUAUUUAUAUUAAGAGGUUUAAAAUGGAAAGAAAUGAGAAAUACUUUAACUCCAUGUUUCACAGGAAACAAAAUGAAAUAUAUAUUUUCCUUGAUAUUAGAAACUUCGGAAAAAGUAAUUAAAAACCUGGAAGCACAACAUACUGAUUUAUUGGAAAUCGAAUUUAGAGAUUUAUAUACAAGAUUUACUAAUGAUGUUAUUGCAUCAACAGCAUUUGGUAUUAGAGUAGAUUCUCUAUCAGACAAGAAUAACAAGUUUUAUUCAUUAGCAAAUAAAGUAACUGAUUUUAGUGGCGUAGAUAUAAUUCUGAGAUUUUUUGGAUUUCUCACGAUACCUAAAUUGAUGAAGCUUUUUGGGUUUACAGUUUUUCCAUCUUAUGUAUAUUCGUUUUUCUCAUCAAUAAUCUCAGACACUGUUGAAACAAGAAAGGCCAAGAACAUAAAAAGACCUGACAUGCUUCAACUUCUAAUGGAAGCCCACAAGUUAGAGAACAGUGGUCAAAAUAUAAAGAAACCUUUAACUCAUGAAGAAAUGUUAGCUCAGGCUAUUGUGUUCUAUUUUGCAGGUUACGAACCUGUGUCUGCUCUUAUGUGUUUUGUGUCUUAUGAACUGGGAAUUAAUCCAAAUAUACAAUCUAGAUUGAGAGCUGAAAUUCAAGAAGUAUCAAAUGAGUUAAACGGAGAAAUUACUUAUGAUGCUCUGAUGAAUAUGAAGUAUCUGGACAUGGUGAUUUUGGAAAGCCUACGAAAAUGGCCGACGGCGGUAGCAGUAGACAGAAUGUGUACGAAAUCAUAUACAAUUCCUGCAGAAAGUCCACAGGAGAAAACAUUGCACAUUGAAAAAGGAACGAUUAUCUGGUUGCCAAUUUACGCCCUUCAUCACGAUCCAGUAAACUUUCCGGAUCCCAGUAAAUUUGAUCCGGAAAGGUUUAAUAAGGAAAACAUAUCUAAAAUUAAACCCUAUACAUAUAUGCCCUAUGGAUCUGGCCCGAGAAAAUGUAUAGGAGCCAGAUUAUCAAUACUAGAAGUAAAAUUGAUAAUAUUUCAAAUUUUAAAGCAUUAUCAGAUUGUACCGAUUAGCAAAACGGUAGUACCUUUAGUUUUAUGUCGAAAGAGUUUUAAUGCAACUGCCGAAGGAGGAUUUUGGUUUGGUCUUAAACAUUUAUGAAAAUGGUGUUCUUCAAUUUCAUUAUGAUAUUCAUAAACAAUGAUAAUUACUCAUAUGAGUAUAUACUUUAUUUAUAAUAAAUAAUUAUCUAUUAGUAUUUUAUAUAAAAA